UUAUGUUAUAAUAUCAUGUAGUUAGUUAAUGCUGCUUGAUGUGUGUUAAAGAACCUCUAUGCAUCUGUUGUUUUUCUAUUAUGUAACAGCCCUAGAUUGUAAUUAUUUAGAAGCUUUAAUGAAGUAUCCUUCUAAGUACAAAUAAUGUGGUGUACAUUUUUUAACUAUAAGUGUAUUUAGCUAUAUUUCUUAAAAUCAAAUAUGUUUUUCAUGUGAAAGUAUCCAGAAUAACGUACUCUCUUGUUUUUAAAAAAGGUGGUUGCGCCCCUCCUGCAGCUUGAAUGGUCUCAGCUCAGAGCUCUUCAUCAAGUCAUCUCAACACAGACUGUGCUUGAGAAUUAAAACCUACCAGAGCAAUCCUCCCCGUUAUCAAAGGACAAACGCUGUUUGUUAAGGUCUGAUUUAAGGCCACACCACCUGAAUAAGCUGGAGAUCACAUGUAAAACUGUUAUUGAUGUAUCCGCCAGGUAUGUUGACUUUACGUCCAUAAAUGUAGAAGCAAAGUGAAAUGUUUCUUCAGCGAUGACACAUCUAUUUCUGAUUUUGUUUUUUCUUUUUGCGGGGGGUGAUUUCUUAAAAACGGUCAAGCAUGGAUGAUUUAAAAGAUAGUGAAAGGUCUUUUAUCGCGGGUUUACCUGAUACAAUUGAACUAUACAAUGAUGAGGGCUUUGUGUACGAAGACAUGCCAUUUCCACAGUGUUCAGACAGUAACAGUGAGCUAAAUGAUGCAAUAACAGAUGUAAGCGAGCCGAUGCCCUUGACAGAAACAAACCCCUAUACAGAUGGAGAAAGGUCUUUUCUUGAUGUGUUACCUGAUGUAAAUGAACUAUACAGUGAUGAUGAUGAUGAAUUCAGAUAUAAGGACCUGUCAUUUCCGCAGUGUUCAGGCAACAACAGUGAGUUAAAUGGCGAGGGCUCAGCUGUAAACGAGCCCACGGCCUUGUCAGAAACAAAUUCAAGCAGUCCAACAAAAACAUUAGACGGUGCCUUGGAUUGGGUGAUAGACUGCUACGAGGACCGGGGGCUUUUAGAUCAGCCUCUAGACAAUGACCCCCAUCUGAAUGGACAAAAUAGCGAAGCUUCGGCCAACGCCGGCCUACCCGUUUCCAGCAUGCAAGAUGGCGGGUGUGUUAAUGACAGCUCGAAUGACUCAGAAUCACCCGUUCGCUCCAUGCAAAGUAAUGGACAUGUUGAUCAGAAUGACACCCCGAAUGCUUCUGAAUCACAGGGCCCCCUGUCACAGCAUGGAGGAGGCCCUAGCAGAGAUGCCGAGCCAAGUGUUUUCUCUCGACCUGUAUUCAAUAACACAGAAAUGAGACAGUCUCUAGUCCUACCGCCUAUUAGGGCUGAAGCAGACUUUGGAGUCUAUUUUGAGGGUCUGAUGAACAAUGUGCAUAGCAUGCUUGCAUAUGCUUUUGCACGGGCAGAGAGAGAAGAUAUCGUGCAGAUUGAAUUACAUGGUGAACAACUAAGGGUUAACGUGUCAGCCAUUUUAAAUGGUCUCGAUGACAAUCUGGAUGAUUUUGAGGAGGGGCUGUUCAACGCCAUGCAAUCGAAUAUGAUUUUAAUGGCAGAAAGCAACAUGGAGCUAGUGGUUCAAAUUGUUCAGUCCCCCCGUGGAGGGGUUCAGGGUAAACGGAUGAUUAGUAAAAUGUUAGACAAUGAGAUUGUUAAAAAGAAGGGGCGUUUUCUUUACGUUGUUCAGAACUCCUCCAACCAGCUGUGUUUUGCUAUUAAUUUAGCACUGUUGUUACACGACAACAUCACUGAUAAUGAAGGUGUUGAACGUGGUAAAGAGAUUCAGAAGAGGGCGGGUUUGACAGCUCAUACAGCUGUGACAUUCAGCGACAUUGAUAAAUUCGAAGACAGUUUAAAAUGCAAGAUAGUGGUAUUUUACCGAAGCAAUGAUGAUCGUACCCUCUGUAAAUUCCAGACAGACGCCCCCAAACGAGACAAAACUGUGUUUUUGUUCCUCCUUCACAACCACUACUAUGGUGUCAAGAACUUGAAGGGGUUUUUAGGCUCUUAGUAUGUCUGUGAACAUUGUUACACAGGUUACAGCUCUCAAUGGAAUCAUUCCUGUACUGGUCAUUGUUAUGUCUGCCUUGACCCCUCAUGUACUCAGGGAGAGUUUAAACCCAUCUUUUGUAAAGACUGCAACAAAACAUGCCGUACAGUCGGCUGUCAUUCUCGACAUAAAGAGCAGAAACAGAGAUCAACAGACAUUGCCAGUAACUGUGAUUUACACAAAGUGUGUAGAUUGCCAACUUUCUUACUACACCCCCAAGAGUACAGCAGAUAAAACACACAAGUGUGUGACGAAAAAAUGUAAGACAUGCAAGGAAAAAUUACCAUCUGCUUCUACGCUCGGGUGUGAAAAACAUUUGUGUUACAUAGGAGUGCUGCCUAAAGAGACAGAACACAAUGACAACAUUGUGUUUUAUGAUUUUGAAACAAUGGCGGGGGCAGAUGGGGUACAUAUACCUUUCUUGGUUUGUACAAAAACCUUGGGGGGUGAAAUUUGGGUCGGCGAGGGAAUCGACUGUGCACUGCAGUUUCUGGCACACUUUAGGCGCCCAAAGUUCAAGAAUGCAACAUUCAUCGCUCACAAUGCUAAGGGUUUUGACAGCUAUUUCAUUAUCAACGCAAUGGUUGCACAGGGGCUAAAGCCCCCGUUAAUAAUGCAGGGAAGUAAAGUGCUCUCUUUUACUGACGAAGAUUUAGGGCACAAGUACAUAGACUCACUGUCUUAUCUGUCUAUGCGUUUAGCAGACAUGCCAAAAGCUUUGGGAUUUGGAGCUAAAAUCAAGGGAUACUUCCCUCACGGUUUCAGCUCCAAGGCUAACCUGAGUUAUAUAGGCCCUUAUCCACCCGCACACUGUUAUGGGGUUGAACGCAUGACAACUGGUGAAAAGAGUGACUUUUUCACGUGGUAUGAGACGGUACGCCAGGGUACGUUUGACUUCCGAGAGCAGGCAUUGCUUUACUGCAAAAACGAUGUGGACAUUCUUGCCCAGGGGGCCACAUUAUUUCGGAAAGGUUUUCUCGGGGAGACAGGAGUUGAUCCUUUUAGUCGCUCGACUAUAGCUUCUGCCUGUAUGAAAGUUUUUACCACAAACUUUCUAUCGCCCAAAACCCUAGCAAUUCCCCCACCCGACGACUACCGCCGUGAAAACAAGACGUACUCAGACGCAGGUAUUCAGUGGCCGGAGUGGGUAGCUCAGACUGAAGGUGUUUUUAUUCAACAUGCGUUGAAUGAAGGAGAGAAACGAGUGGGACAUUUCGUCGUAGACGAGUUUGCCGAAGUUACCGGGGAAAAGAUUGUCUGGGAAUUUCUUGGUUGUUUCUAUCACGGAUGCCCCUCUUGCUAUAAGGGGCAUGAGAAAAAUCCAUUGAUAGGUGACACAUUUGAGCAUCUCCAUGCUGCUAGUGAGGCAAAACUGCAUGAGCUAGACUCUGUUCACGGGGCCAAAGUGAACGUUAUGCGUGAGCAUACAUGGGUUGAGAUGAAAAAAUCCAAUCAAGAUUUGAAGGCUUUCCUCAGGGUAUACAAUGCACCAGAACCGCUGACCCCCCGCGAUGCUUUAUACGGGGGAAGGACAUGUGCAGUAAAGUUGAGGCACACAGCAGUGGCAGAUGAAUUGGUUCAUUAUUGUGAUUUCACCUCACUCUACCCUUUUGUAAACUGCACAGGCCUAUAUCCACUUGGACACCCUCAGAUCAUAUUCCGAGAUUUCAAAGACCCUCGCAGUUAUUUCGGGUUAAUCAAAGCCACAGUAGAACCUCCUAGGGGUCUAUACUUUCCUGUCCUGCCCUACCGAACUGCAGCUGGUAAACUGGUGUUCACUCUAUGCCGCACAUGCGCUGAGCUUAACAACCAACAGGGGCCCUGCAUGCAUAGCAAAGAGGAAAGAGCAUUAACAGGGGUUUGGGUGACCCCAGAAUUCACCAAAGCCCUGGACAUGGGGUACAAGAUGACUCAGAUCACAGAGGUGUGGCAUUUUGAGAAGAAAAGUGACAGCAUUUUUGUAGACUAUAUACACACAUUUUUGAAGGGUAAACAAGAAGCAUCCGGCUACCCUUCAGAGGCCUCAGAUGAUGAGAGCAGACAAAAGUAUGUGGCAGACUAUCAUGCUAAGCAGGGCAUCUUGCUGGAUGCAGAUACAAUCAAAUCAAAUCCAGCCAAAAGACAAGUGGCAAAACUAUGUCUCAACAGUUUCUGGGGUAAAUUUGCCCAGAGAAGCAAUCUGACUCAGACUAAGAUUGUGACCAAAACCGAAGAAUUUCUUAACCUCUUGUUUUCAGCUAAACAUAAGGUUAAGUAUUUCUCAUUCCUCAAUGACCGAACGGCUCUUGUUCAGUGGUGCUACGGUGAAAAUUGUUACUCUACUCCCAACAAGGUGGAUAACAUAUUCAUCGCCGCCUUUACCACAGCGUAUGCCAGGCUGAAACUGUACAGUGAAUUGGAGAAAUUACAGCGCAGAGUAUUCUACUAUGACACAGAUAGCAUAAUCUAUGUGACAAGACAAGGAGAGAGUCCCCUACCGAUGGGGGUCUAUCUGGGAGACCUGACAGACGAGCUGGGGGGCGAUAUGAUUAAAGAGUUUGUUUCAGCAGGCCCUAAAAGUUAUGCUUAUCAGACCAAAAAUCAAAAAAAAGUUGUGAUGCGUGUGAAAGGCAUCACACAAACGCACGAAUGUUGCGAACGAGUGAACUUUGACAGUCUGGCCGACCUGGUGGAGGGCUACGUUCAAAACUCUGAGAGGGGGAGGGUAAUUGAGGUCCCACAGCACAGCAUUGUAAGGAAUAAAGAGGUUUUCGCUUUGAGAAAUGUGUCAUUCACCAAAAAGUUCCGAGUUGUGUUUGACAAGAGACGUUUGUUAGCCGGGGGAAAUACUUUGCCUUUUGGGUAUUGAGAAAAUAAUUGAAAAAGAGACCACAUGUUUUCACCAAGUCAAAUUGAUUUUGACCCCCGGCUGCGUGUUCCUUUUUCCUGUCUAGUAGUGGGCCCUAGUGGGUGUGGAAAAACUUUUUUUGUCAAGAAUGUAUUGCAAAAUUGUAUUCAUGUAAUGGAUGUCCAGCCUCAAAAUAUUGUGUGGAUUGUCUUCUUUCCAACCCAUGUAUGCUGAACUGCAGGAAAAUAAUAAAAAUAUGAAGUUCGUCAAGGGUCUGCCUGAAUCAUUUGAAGAUGAAUCGCUAUUUCCUCCUGAUCAAAGUAAUUUGAUUAUAUUAGACGAUGUUAUAUUUCAGGCCUCUGAGCAUCCGGAAGUAGUCAGACUUUUCACCCAAUACCGUCAUCAUAGAAACAUGAGCGUUAUCAUGCUUACCCAAAAUGUUUUUCACCAGGGAAAAAACAGUCGCACAAUUAGUUUAAAUACUACUUACAUGGUCUUGUUUAAAAACCCCAGAGACAGAUUACAAAUGAACAUACUUGCUCAACAAAUACACCCUGGUAAUAAAUCAUUUUUCCUACAAAGUUUUGAAGACGCCACCACGGAACCUCAUGGUUAUUUAAUCGUAGACAUGACCCCCACCUGUCCAGACAUCUACAGGCUUAGAUCGGGAGCACUACCUAAUCAAUGGCUAGUUGUUUAUGUACCAAAAACGAAGACUUGAAAAAACAGUAUGUCGGCCCGUUUAAAAAGAAACAUGCCUCUGCUGAGGGCCUUAUGUCAAGCCCCGCCUUCAAAGCGCAAGGAUAUUCUCGAGAACUGCUCCACGGAUUUUCUUCAAUCACUCUGUGAACUGUCUCUAAAUCUUUUAAAAGGUAAUAUCCCCCUGUCAGGCAUUCAGUAUAAGAAGCUUAAGAAGCAAAAUAAAUUUUUCAAACUCUUGGCCAAUAAAAAGACCAACUUAAAAACUAAAUUCAAGGCCUUAAGAAAGCAAUCUGGAGGUUUUCUUCUGCCGCUGCUCGGUGCGGUGAUCCCCAUUUUAGGUCAACUUUUAGGAGGGCUCGCUCGAUCAUGAGUCAAAAGAUGUUUCUGCUAUCACCUCACCAGUUUAAUCAGCUCAAUCAGAAUGGUGUAACUAACCCUCAUAGUAAGGAAACAAUUAGACGCAUUGCCGAAGAUGUUCUGGAUGAAAAAAUGAGAGCAACGCUAAACGAACCAGGAUUACCCCCUUAUGAAAAAAUCAUAAAAUACAACACCUUGUUACAAAGAUAUCUCACCUUACUCAAACAAGACGGGCUUGAGGAACGACAUAUUACUCUAACUCUACCUGAAGACACGGGGUGGUAAAAGGAGAAGAAAAGGAUGGCACGUCCGAUGAUAAAAUAAAGAACGAUGUGCUUCAACACCUCCCUAAGCGUUACCACAAGAAUGCCGAGUACAUUAUGAGUAAAUUAACCACGAGUACAGCUGGAUGGACACCAGCGGAGGAAUUUAUAGAAAAGGGGGUAGCUGUAAAAGGUUCCCACAUGUUAGAUUUAUUUAAACAUUUAUCCUGCGCGUAUAAAACAAAUGUCCAGGAGCCUAAAGGCUGGCGGGGGUUUUUAAAUAGUCUGAAUGAGAUCAACAUUCCCUUAACAGCUUUUCAAAACCUUCACGCUCGUGAACAAUAUCGCAUAAUCAAAGAGGGCGAACUAAAUCGAGAAAAUAUCCCCCGAAAAAGAAGAAGAAAAAUAAAAACAUCUCCCACUACCCCCGGUUGGGACACUUUAGGAACAGCCGUAGAACCUCAGAAUGCCCUGCUUAAGAAGAAAAGGAUAAGGCAACACAGAAUAUUAAGUCCAAGAUGGUUACAUUUAACCCCUUAAAGUUGUAUUAUAUUUCAUGAUUUCCUAAUAAAGACAGUCAUCUGAAUUAAUUUUGUCUUCAGACCUUUUUUUAUUUCUACAUUUUAUAACAAUCUUUGAACAUUUGUAGCGAACAAACACUGUGGUUAAAAUGAGUGUCUUUAUGACGUCUCUCACACCUUUGGUAUUUUUUCACAAAAUUCGUUACAGCUGCAUCAUUUUUUACCACAUCAUCUUGAUAUAAAGAUAACACAUUUUCGUAAGACAACCCGGACGCUCUUUUGCAUAGAUAAAAAACACAGUGUUGACCACAGGCUGUAGACAUGACAUUCUGAAGUUGCCGGUUAUGGUAUCAAAUAGUUUCACAUUGUGUUUCUAGAAAUUGCAGGAUGCUUUUAGGAUAAUGACUAAAAUCGGGGGGAAAUCCGAAAGAAUCAAAAAAAGUUCCUUCCCCUUCCUCUAAAGUCACUGCUAGCCAGUGUUCUCCGGGCAUGUGGGAGAGGUGGGUGUUUACAAUCAUGUAUACAGGGCAUCUAAAUAAUUGUUUUACUCGGGGUAGCUGGUCUGAGGCCCAUACCCCCCCAAAAGAGUCCCCCACCAUAUGCUGCAGGAGACUAUCCAAUUGGUGAUUAUUCAUGUUGUAGUCUUCUUAGUAAUAAUCUACCAGCACUUGUCGUUUUGAAUUAAUCUCCAGAAUCUAAUCAAAACAAGAAUAUACGAUUAAAGUGGUAGUCUGUGGCAGCGGUACUCUGAACCUCAUUUCCAAUCUUAAACUACCGCUUGUGAUGGGAGAUAAGGCGUCGGCGUCUUCCGCCGCCGUUAAAUUAAACACAAAUAAUGAGUAUCCUUGUUCGAAAUCAUCUCUGUCUAUACUUAGAGGUAAGUCUUUCAUGUGUCUCCUUGUAGCAGUUAACAUGUUGUAAAACUCUCUGACUGACGACCCCCGGUUAAAUUGGGGUUGAAAUGCUUUGGCCGGUACUUGCCUGCCAUUCUGACACAGAGCAAGGUAUUCCAUAUCAUUAUGAAGGAAAUUAAAAGGUGAAAGCUCUCUCCUUCCGGUGAAGGCUUCGUGAUUUACCAUACCCAAUACUAUGUACUUGGGCAUAUUACCCAAAAAGAGAUUUUCUUGGUUGCAUAUUCUAGAAUUCACCGGUAUACUAUAUGUCUUGAGAUUCACCCGUGAUAGGGGGUAGAGGGCGUUACCUCUCAGCAGAGCCGCAGCAUGACCUAAACGCACUGCAGGCGUGAUUGUGGCCUUUUUGAUAAAAAGUGAAGCCCCCAGUAUUUUUAGACGGUAUGUAGAGUCAUUUGCAAACAUGAGAGUAAAGGCAUCGUUAGAUCUGGUGAGUUUGAUUCUCAAAUCUACAGAGUUCAGGAGAAGCCUCUCACUGAAAAAUAUAUCCGUGUGUAAAGCACCCAUCAAGUGAAGCUCCCGAGAUUCUGCUGUGAAUGAGGCCCUCUUUACCAGUCCCUUAUUUGGUCCAUUGGCUAUGACUAUAGAGUCCAUAGAUCCCGCGGUGUCUUUAUAAAAUAAGCCGGCUGUGAACUGAGUUUUUAAAGUAGAAUCAGAGUAAUUCAAUAGCGUUUCAAUCAUCGCCCUGUAAGGAUGAGUCGAACUGGAUUGAGAAAUUAGUCUGUCCCCUAGAAUAACGUCGCAUUGACUAAAAAUUGUAUUCAGAGGGUAAUUAACUAGGGCCACGGAGGCAUCAGCUGCCAGAUUAGUCCCAUCUGCGUUGGUUAUUUUGAUCCUGAGAUGUAUCAAGGUGUCAUUCAUAUCCAGGUAUUUAUCUCCGUCCCCGGGGAUACAAAAUUCUAUGGGUCCGUCCUCCGUAAUGGCAGACAACGGAAGGACCUCUGUGUAGUGUUUUUCAUCUAUAGAAAGUUGCGUCAUUGGGGCUCAAAAUAAAUCCAGCUCUGCCAUGCUGCAUUCAGCAGAUUUAUGAUGUAAAAGAGCCAUAUUUAACACUCUAAAAUAUAUCUCUCCCCAAUACGUUCCUUCUCCGAGGGUGUUUUUUCCCCAAUGAUUUUCUUUUGACUGAGUGUUUUCCUUUCUUGACACCCCUCGGAACCCGUUUGCCUGGAGGUCUCUUCCUGGCCCUUCUUGCCAAAACCAUCAGACCACCUGAUCCUUCUUGAGAUCCGGGGUCUGAUUGGCGGCCGAAUUUAUGGACAGCCUUACUGAUAACAUCUGAUGCAAUAUUUUUGGCCGCCGAUUUCAGAUGAGGUUUAGCUAUGGCGAACCCUUUUCUCACCAGGGGGGCGACAAAACGAAAUAAUCUCGAAAAUAUAGAGCCAAUGCCUCGCCCGUACAUCACCGGUGCACCAUAAAAACCAGGCAGGGAUCCCCCCGCUUGAUUUUCAUAGUAACUCACCAAACGUUGGGGGUCUUGAUGAAUCAUCGUUUUGUAAAAGAUUGCCCUGCUUUUGAGGGUCGGAAAUGAAGUUUCACUACACUUUUUCCGUAGGUGAACUUUACUGGUUUGUUCUGGUCGUUUUUUAUUUCUACCUUUAUAUUCUCGAUGUGUGUUUUUGUUACCGGCAAGUAGUAUGCAGGAUUAAAAUACUGAGUUACUGUAUCGCCGAAUGUUCCUCUUAUAUCUACGGUUCUCAAGAGAGGAGCAAAAGCGUCACCUACCCGCUGGUGACUGACCACAUUGCUAUAGCAGUAUAGAUGUGUUGAGCCAGCCUUUAUAUCCGCUGGAUAGGCUGCUGAUUUAUCAUCAAAUUUGAGCCACUGGUCUGGUUGUAUUCCAAGCAUAUAAGCGACGGUUUUUGGAAAGCGGAAACGAUAUUGGGCCCCUCCUAGAAAUUCGAUUUUCCUGUGAAUUGGACUAUAGUGUAAACUGACAUCAGUCAAUUUUUUUGAAGCAGGACUCAAGUUCCUCUAUGAGCUGAGUUAUGCUACUAUAGUAACCAGCUCUAAACAUAUGAAGCCUUAACUUGCUAGUCGGGGAUAUGUCGGGGAGUUUUGCUUUCUUUAUCCACUCAAAAAAGGCUGCUUCCGUAGGUAUGUUAUACCCAACCCGGUAUCACGGUGAGACGUGAACCUGUGACGCUUUACCAUUGCUGGGAGACGUGAAGAUGUCACGGUUUCAUCUUUUCAAAACGUGAAAAGCGUGACAGCUACACGGUAUUGUUAACCCAUGUUAACCAGUGGAGAAAUACCCGGAAGUGCCAAGCAAAUGGUCUUCCGCGCCUAUUGGUUGGUUUUUAUUGUCAAAAUUAGAUGUUUUUAAUUUAUUUUGUAAUCCUCACACUCGAUUUCGCCGAUUUUCUUGUGGCUCUAGCUGGUCGAGACCUCUUUCAGCAGAAACAAAGGCUACGAUGUUAAUCCAUUUGUGUUGUUGUGGAAAUAACGGACGUGACGUUGUGUGAUCUCUUAGCAACUGAAGUCCGUGAAAUAUAAACACCACUAAGGUUCAAGGGUCAAGGGUUUUUGUUAUCAGAUGCUAGCUACAGUGUAAUUUUGGCAUUUCAAAUCUUAGAUCCCGAGCUCCUCCAACAGUGCAACAUAAUAUAAAUAGGACAUAAUAAGAAAAUAAAUAAAGAUAAAUAAAAAAUAGUGCAAAAUGCACCACUUUUGGUUCAAAUUAUGAAACCAGUAGAUUCAUUCAUUUAUUUAUUUAUUUGUGUUACCCCAGCUAAAUCGAUGUUAAUCCAUUUAUGUGGUUGUGGAUUUACUGUACGUUACGUUGUGCGGUCGCGUAGUAAGUGAACACCAUGCUACCGAUUACUGUCCGGUGACCGUGAACGCACCGGACAUCCGCUACAACCUCCUCUCUGUCUGACUUCGCCAAGCAGGUAAUGUGCUGCACCGCAUGCCUCCAAUAUUUUUAAUGUUUAUUGCAAGUAAAUCAGUUGUAGUUACAUAUCUUUUUAAAGCACGAGCUAGCUAAACACAUAUUAGCUUUACUUGACCGGAGAUAUAGUGCAGUGAUGAGUCCUAUAACCCGGAAGUGAGUUCGCAUUUUACAACUAUUAGUUCCCUCGUCUCAGAGUCAAUGGGAUUUCUCCAUAGGAUUUUGGAAAAUAGCUCGAAAUAAGAUCUGUGGAAAACGAACCUGCUUGAUAAAUGCACGUUUUGUUCAGCCGGAUAAUCUCCACAUAUCUACCCUACUUGUAUACUUUUCGAAUCAUAAAUCUAAUGGCCAGAAGCAAAAUGCUAACGUUAUGCUAUAAACUAACUACAGACCAUGGAUGUAUAAUAAGAACCUUUAGAAUAAUUACCUUUUAGAAGUACACCAAAACAUAACUGCUAACAAUGUAAAUGCUGUGUUGGAAAAAAAGUGAAUGUAAGAAAAUGUUGAGUUAAAUACUUUUGGCACUGUAUAUACAAAUCUUGGAAAAAUGCCUAUUGUGGCUGUCAUACUUGCAUACAGUGGCAACUAAUAGUAUUGUGAAGAAAUGUCAUGACAACCAUCUUCAGACUGUUACUGCACGCUGAUUGUUGUGGUCCUAUUUAGGACAAAACGUUCAGAGCUGUCCUUGUUCCAGUCCGCCCCUGAUUGAUUAGUGCUUUAACUCGUAAAUUACCCCCAAUGUUAAAGCUUGUUGAUGAUAUGUGAGAUUGUAAAUUGUCAUGCAUUCUAAAGUGUUCACUGUAUUUUUUUCCUUCAACAGAUACCAAAGAAAUAUCAAACAGCACUUUUAAGAGCCUUUUUCAAUGUCUUCUCUUCUCCCUCCUCAGAGCUAUAUUCCCUACAUUUCUUCCUGUCUUCUCCCAAUUUUUACCAUCUUCAUCUCUGUCUCUUUACCACUUUCUCUUUUGUAUUUAUACGCACACACACACACACACACACACACACACACACACACACACACACACACACACACACACACACACACACACACACACACACACACACACACACACACACACACACACACACACACACACACACACACGUAGUGUGCCCACAGGUAAGAACUUACACUUUUCACGACUUAUAUAUUACAAUCGACUAACAGUGUCAUAUAUUUAUGUCUUUGUUAUGCAAAACUUACAGGGAAAUAAAAAAUGGUCUUAUUCGAGCUGGUAACACAGUAGACGACGUUGCAGUGUAUUAUACUGUAGUACUGCUAUAAUUCUAGAUUAUAUUAUAAAAACAAUUUUAUAUAUAGGAUUUCAACAGAUUAACAUUAUCAUAUAUUUUUGUCAAAUUCAAGAUAGUGCUUUUACAGUGCAAUGUCAUGGUCAAGCUUGUAAGAUAGUAGAAGUUGUGUAACCUUACGUUUCGAUUACAUAAUAUUUUACCGCUGAAUUUUAGCUUUGUACUAAAACUAAGUAAGGGGCCAUUAUUGCAUUGAUACUAAAUUAAUUUACUCAAAUUAAAUAAAAAUGCAAGUGUUUUUAUUCUAUUCUAAACAGGAUACAGUUUUUGUUGUAGCUUGGGGAAGGAAUUACAGUCACGGACUAGACAAAGGAAAAUUAGUCAAUAUUUGUAUUUGAUUGCAUUCUGAAUUUGAAACCCAGUUUUAAAUGACCUUGUCUUUUAUUUGUCUUUAUCUCCAAAAGAAUGCCAGGACCAGGUUCAACUUCGAGGCAAUGUUCAAGCUGCUGCAUGUCAUUCAAUGUGGCAUGCAAAACUUGCAAGUUCUGCAAGGCGGUGCAGCCCCGCAAACUGCGCCUUAACAAAAAGAUGGAGAAGUUUGAUACAAAGGCAAACACCUGGGUCCAGGCCCAAAAAAGAAAUAGAAAAGAAGAAGAAAAGAAAGCUAAACCAAGCGAGGAACAGCUAGAAGACGCCAUUUUCCAUGCCGAUUUACUUUGUAAACAACUGAAGGAGGAAGAAGACAGGGCCAGAGUAGCAUGCAUGACUACUUUAUUGAAGGAGGAAGAAGACAGGGCCAGAGCAGCAUCUAGCUGGAGCAGAAUCCGCUGGGUAGGCAAAGAUGUUCAGGGGUGUCCUCUAAAAAGGAGGGACAGAAGUGGGGCAACCUGCCGACGUACUAAAGCCAGAACUGUUGCCAUUAACAGUCCAGUGACUGUGGAACCAGCUGGAGCAACCUCUGCAGUACCCCCUCAGCUUUUUGAAGAUGAGAUUCAGCAAUUACAGGAGCUUUUGGUUGAUCAACCAUCAACCUCUUCCUCAUGGUGCCUGCGCCAAAGUGCUGCCCAAUUAGAGUGGCAAAAGGCAAGGUCCCAUCACUUGGACAGCUUGCUCUCUUCAACUAUGGUACCGGAAAGGAGAUGCUCACAUUGCUCCGCUCCUGCGGUCCUUCGCUGCAGAGAAUGCAUGCCCCUUGAAUGGUUGUGUCAUGACUGUGACAUUUCUAAACACAGCAUACACACCCUUCAUAACAGGGAGUCCUUCAAUGAAGGAUAUUUCAAAUGUAUUCCCCCAACAAUGUCACUAUUCAAGACAAAUGACAUGUUCACUUUGAGACACCAAGAUCGUCUUCUGCCCACUGGUAGGCCUUCACACUCGUGUAACCCUGAAGGUGUUACCGAGUCUAUAGGCAGGCCUGUCAUUUUCGUCUGCAUUAAUGGGCGUUAUGAUUUGCAUCUCCCCAAGAGGGUGUGCAACACAUGCCAUUACGAAUGGACACCUGAUUGGGGAGACCUCAUUAGAAGCGGUUACUGGCCAGCUUCUGUGAACGGAGACACAUUAUAUUCCACGGAUGUCUUCAAAUCUUUUGAGGACCUGAAGACUGUGGCACCAGGUUUGUCCAGACAGGCCUUUUUACAGAUGCUGGAACGGAGGACACAGCAUUAUGGGAGGACAGGAAAAAUCCAUGGAGAUGUCUUCCAAAGAAGCUUUCUGGAGUAUAUGGCCUGCCAGUACGAGUGCCAGAAAAUGACGUGUGAGGAACUCUUCUCAUGCCCAGCUUGUACUCCCAAAAUGUUGGCUGUGUCAGUGGAUGGGAAUAGGAAACAGUACCGUUUCCGACUGUCACAGAGGAUCGAUGAACCACUUUUUAAAGGGCCGUUCAUCAUGGAAGACUCGGCUGUCACAGACUUUGUUGACAAAGUCAGAACAAAUGUAAAAUGUACCCCAGGAAAAGGUACAUGUGGUACCAGCCAGUGGUCAGCUACUCGAGAGACAGCAAGAAGAGCCAGCAGGCUUGAUGAAGAGGGGUUAGAGGUGGCUGUAUGUAGACAUGGAGUGCUACUGAAAGCUCUCAACAUGUUCAGAGGAGAAAUAUUUGCCUACCCCUUGUUCCUUCAAACGCAGUUUCAAGCUACAAACGUGCAUUUUUAUUGCACAGAUAUUGCUUGUAAAUACUGGCCCUACCUCGAGAAAGUGGCAAAGACAAUGCCAGAACUGCGACCUUUGCUGAGCAUGCAACCGUUUCUCUCGGUCAUGCAUGCCAAGGCCCAUUCCACAAAGUGUGAGAUUGUAUGGAGUGGGAGAAAUUUGGAGGGUGCUGGUUCGACGGCCGGGGAAGAAGUGGAGAUGGUGAACAGCUUUCUGUCACGUUGUGCCAUCACAACUAAAUACAUGACAAAAUCAGCUCGCAAUGACAUGUUGACUGUCCAUGCAAUGGGAUGGAACAGACGGAAGCAGGAAAACCUUCAUGUGGUGUUGGCCAAGAGAUAUGUCAAGAAUCACAAUGUUGGAGGGUGAGACUCAAAAAAUGAAGGACACCUGCGAAGAGCUUGGAUGCCCUGAGGACAAAGUCCAACAAUGGGUUAAUUAUGUUAGAGACUGGGCAACAAACGACAACACAUCAGGUGACAAUCAGUCUCUCCAGAGGUCCAUUGAGCAGCUAUUUCUAGGGCUGUGCCAAAAGAAAGCUUGCCUCUAUAGACAGACUGACAGCAAUAAGAUUCGGCAGUUGCGUCGCAAAAGGUUAAGGGAGGAAAAGACCAAACUCUUAGCGGCAAUACGCCAGUACAACACCGGACAGCCUCCUGAAACAGAAAUCCAAGAAGAAGAGGUGGAGAGAAGACUGUCUGCAGAACAGCAAACAACAGACAGUCUAAUAUGGCC